AUGGAGGGGACGGUUGCCUUGUUGAAGACGUCUCUGAUUCGAGUCGGUGAUGAUGUUGACGACUCAACCGUUUACUUUCAUCAUUUUUUCUGGACGUUUCCUCCUUGUGUUGAAGCUUUCCGACAUUGCAAGCCAUUGGUAAGCAUAGACGGUACUCAUUUGUACGGAAAGUAUGGCGGGACUUUGCUCCUGGCCAUUGCCCAAGAUGGAAACUCCAACAUCUUGCCUAUUGCUUUCAGUCUCAUGGAUGGGAAAAAUGCCAAGUCGUGGUCUUUCUUCCUGACCAACCUGCGCCAACAUGUGACUCCGCAACAGGGGAUACUGGUCAUCUCAGAUAGGCACAACAGCAUCAAGGCUGCACUAGAGAACCCUAACAGUGGGUGGUUACCCCAUCAUGCAUAUCGAGCAUUUUGUAUUCGGCAUGUUGCAGCUAACUUCGCACUCAGUUUCAAGGGCACGAAUGCAAAGCGUUUGAUUGUUAAUGCUGCUUAUGCGAAGACUGAGGCAGAGUUUCAUUAUUGGUUUGAUAUAAUACGAACUGAGAAUCUGGCAAUGUGUGAUUGGGAAAACAAAAUAGAAUACGAUAAGUGGACUCAGCACCAGGAUGGAGGCAGACGAUUCGGUCACAUGACGACCAAUAUAUCUGAGUGUGUUAAUUCUGUUCUGAAGGGUACACGGAAUCUUCCAGUUACCGCCCUCGUGAAGUCCACAUAUGGUCGGCUAGCGGAGUUGUUUGUCAUUCGUGGUCAGACGGCAGAGGCUCAGUUGGCCAGCAGUGCCAAGUUUUGCCAGUCUUUUAUGAAGGCGAUGGAGCGCAACUUGAGAGACUCCAGGUGCUUCACUGUCACCCUAUUCGAUAGACACCAGUCUGAGUAUACCGUUACUGAGACGACACCGACUGGGAGCUUUUCACUUGGGACGUACCGAGUCUCCCUUCAGGAUCAAGGUGUUCAGGGUGUACUAGAUGGGUUUUGUGCCGCCAAGGCGCCAAUACCAGAGGGACUUUGGCCACCUUAUGAUGGUGCGACCGUUAUUCCGGAUCCUAGCUUGAGGCGUUGUCGUGAUGGGCGACCAAGGUCUACCAGGAUCCGGAACAACAUGGAUGAGGCCGACCCCAACCGACCGAAGCAAUGCGGGCUCUGCAGACAGCCUGGGCACACGCAUAGAUCUUGCCCCCAGAGAGGCUCCACCGUUGCUGGUAGUUCAUAG